AGCUUUGAUGAUAAAUAGUAUGAACUGCAAAUGAUAAAUGAAUAGUCAUCUAAAUCGCUGAACUGAGACUACAUUCAUCCAGGACCCUGUAUCUGAAGGACAGACAAUAAUAAGCUAUGGCAUCCUUCAACACUUUCCUGUCUGAAGAGCAGUUCCAGUGUUCUAUCUGUUUGGAUGUAUUUACUGACCCAGUCUCUACUCCAUGUGGACACAACUUCUGCAAGGCCUGUAUCAGCAGAUACUGGGACAGUAUCACUGAUGUCUGUCAGUGUCCCAUUUGUAAAAAAACAUUUGAGAACAAACCUGACCUUAGUGUCAAUACCUUCAUCGCUGAAAUGGCCUCUGAAGCGAAAAAGUUAGAUAUGUCAACCAAAACGAAAAUGGUGAAAAGCAGUUCAAUCACCCACAAACAUCCAAUCAUCACACCUGGACAGGUUCCUUGUGACGUCUGCACGGAGAAUAGGUUCAUGGCCCAGAAGUCCUGUCUGGUGUGUCUUGCCUCUUUUUGUGAAUCUCACCUGGAGCCUCACAAGAGAUUAACCUUUUACAAGAAACACAAACUGAUCGACCCUGUGUUGAACCUGGAAGACCGAGUUUGUAAGAAGCAUGACAAAUCCAUUGAGCUGUUCUGUAGGAGUGACCAGACAUAUUUAUGUCAAUUCUGCAUUGAGACAGACCACAAAGCUCACAAAACCGUCUCCAUAGAGGAAGAGUAUGGAGAGAGGAAGAGAGGACUGGCCAGGACAAUGGCUAAUGUUCAACAAAUGAUCCAGGAGCGACAUGAGAAGGUUAGAAAAAUAAAAACGUCAGUGGAGCUUGGCAAGAAAGAUGUUGAGAAGGACAUAGCAGAUGCUGUGGAAGUCUACACAUCUCUGAUGCGCUGCAUUGAGAGAAGCCAGGCUGAGCUUAUUGAAGUGAUUGAAAAGAAGCAGAAAGAGGCUGAGCAACAGGCAGAAGGGCUCAUUACAGAGCUGGAGCAGGAAAUCACAGAGCUAAAAAAGAGCUGCACUGAGCUGGAGCAAAUAUCACUCAUUGAGGAUCACUUCCAGCUCCUCCAGACCUCACCCCUCCCCUUUCCACCCACCAAGGACAGGUCUGAAAUCAGGUUUCAAAGAAGUCUGUGUGUGGGGACUGUGAGAAGAACUGUCUCUCAGCUGGAGGAGACACUCAAUGAAGAAAUGAAGAAUCUGUGUGAGAUAGAGUUGAGAGGAAUGCAACAUAGUAUUGUGGAUGUGACUCUGGAUCCUGACACAGCACACCCCUAUCUUAUCCUUUCUAAGGAUAGGAAACAGGUGAAACUAGGAGAGAUAUCUAAAUUAUUUUCUAACAAUCGAUACAGAUUCAGUAGCUCUGUCAGUGUUUUAGGAAAGGAGGGCUUCUCAUCAGGGAGAUUCUACUAUGAAGUGCAGGUGAUGGGCAAAACUGCCUGGGUUUUAGGAGUGGUUAGAGAGUCCAUUAACAGGAAGGGAAGCAUAACACGAAAUCCUGAGAAUGGACACUGGGUUAUCAGGCUCUGGGAUGGUUUUGACUACCGGGCUCAUGCUGGGCCUGAUGUUCACCUCUCCCUGAGAAAGAAGCCUCAGAGUGUGGGGGUAUUUGUGGAUUAUGAGGAGGGGCAGGUCUCCUUUUACAAUGUGGAGAACAGGUCCCAUAUCUACUCUUUUACUGGCUGCAAAUUCACUGAGAAACUCUUUCCUUGCUUCUCUCCUGGGCUUAAUUCUAAUGGGAAAAAUGCAGCCCCCCUUAUAAUCUGCCCAGCAAGAAAAAAAGACUGACUUAACUAUUGUCAAUAACCGAUUUUGAAGUUUUACUUUGGCGUCUUUGUGUUAUGAAAAGGAAAAAAUAUAUAACUCAAAUAGAUAAAAAGUAUAAGACUAUAAUGAAAGAGGUCAUAUUAUUAUUUUCUGUCUGUCGACUCUCACAUUGAUCAGAUUUAUUAGAAGGAUAAACUGGUGAUUGAUUUGGAAACGUCUUGUUCCCCCAUUGUGUCCCCAAUCAAAUAAAAUAACCCAAAAAUCUGUGAAUUUGUUUGUUUUAAAUUGUGUAAUAAUCUUUUGUACAUCCUACUUCAAUUUGUCUUGAACGAAAUAUAAUAAUUGUA